AUGGCUCCCAGAAAGCGCUUUAGGCCGCUUGACUUAGGAUCCCCGGUAAUUUCUAAAAGGAAAGUUCAAAAACCACUUCAGGAGAAAACUACAAACCUGAGGAUUUCUCCACUUACUUCUAAAACUGGUAAAGAUAAUAAGAGGAAGGAAAUUGAGAAGACGAGAAAAGCAGAUUCAAAAAACAUAUUUAAUUCGAAACAUGUUGAUUUAAGGUUGGAAAGUCCACGCAAAGGCCUAAAUUUUGUUAAUGAUUCUCAAAAGAGCUCAAGGACUCUAGACGCGCGAUAUCUAGAAAAUAAAUCCAGUCAUACCUUGAAAGAUGAGAGGCAAGCAAUAGAUCCCCCUUCCUUCGAUGAUUCAUUGAAAUUUGAGGACAUCGAGCAACCUCCAAAAUCCACUUCAACGCCGGUUUUUUCCCAAUCCUCUCUAGUAAACGUAGAAAGAGAGCCCCCUAUGUUUCCAGUUCCCUAUUAUAUUGCUCCUUCUCCAAUGUACAAUUUCAAUCCGUAUCAAAAUUUUACAGGGAACCCCGUAUUUCUGACGCCGUGUUAUAAUCCGAGCUUGAACUAUGCAGUUCCAAUUCAACAGCCGGAAUUGCUUUAUCCGAAUGUUAAUGUAUAUGAUUCACCAUUGUUCAACAAGGCAAAUCUGCCACAACAAACCAAUAACCUAGAUGGAGAACGAAAUUACGAAUUUUUGCCAAUCUAUCCGGUCUCAAUUUCUAACAACGGAGAUUUUGUUGGCCAAGAGACACCUAGAAUAGCAACGAAACCAAGCAAAAAGAGACUUGCAGACUCCCUGGAUGUUGAUUGUUCUGAUUAUGAAUCUAGUGGACAAAAUGCAACCUAUCAUGAUAGUAAAUCCCCUCUUGAUUAA